AUGUCUGGAAUCAAUGUCACUGGCCCCGAGUCGGCCUCCAAGGCCAUCCUGGUGGUGUACGACAUCUUCGGCUUCUUCGACCAGACCAUUCAGGGUGCCGACAUCCUAGCCACCUCGAACGAGCAGAAGUACCGCGUGAUCAUGCCCGAUUUCUUCGAGGGCCACCCCGCCGACAUCUCUUGGUACCCGCCCAAGACCGAGGAGCACAAGGAGAAGCUCGGCAACUUUUUCUCGACCCAGGCCGCCCCGCCCAAGACCCUGUCCAAGAUCCCCAGUAUUGUGGCCGAGGCCAACAAGCUCGCGCCCGGCGGGGCCUUUUCAUCCUGGUCAAUCCUGGGCUACUGCUGGGGCGGCAAGAUCGCCGCGCUGUCCGUGGGCGCCGAUAACAAGCUCUUCAAGGCCGCCGCUCAGGCCCACCCGGCCAUGGUCGACCCGAAUGACGCCAAGAGCGUGAACGUGCCGUUCGCGAUGCUGGCCUCCAAGGACGAGCCGGCGGACGACGUGUCCGCGUUCAAGGCGAACCUACAGGUCCCCAAUCACGUGGAGACCUUUCCAACUCAGAUCCACGGCUGGAUGGCAGCUCGGUCGGACCUGGAGAACCCAGAGGUGCGCAAGGAGUAUGAGCGUGGUUACCAGACCGUCCUCGAGUUCUUCCACCAGCAUUCUUAA